AUGGCUUGGGAAUAUCUUGGUCUAAUUUCCACUUUUUUCUUCCAGGGACAGAAAUCUUGGAUAGAAAAAACCUUUUGCAAACGAGAAUGUAUCUUUGUAAUUCCCAGCACUAAAGAUCCUAACAGGUGUUGCUGUGGCCAGCUCACCAACCAGCAUAUCCCCCCUCUGCCGAGUGUAACAGCCAGCAAAAAUGGAGAGGAGAACAAGCAGGUGGAGACUCAGCCCGAGAAAUGGUCUGUUGGCAAACACACCCAGAGCUACCCAACAGAUUCCUAUGGGAUUCUCGAAUUCCAGGGUGGCGGAUACUCCAAUAAAGCCAUGUAUAUACGGGUCUCCUAUGACACGAAGCCAGAUUCACUGCUUCAUCUCAUGGUGAGAGACUGGCAGCUGGAGCUCCCCAAGCUCUUAAUAUCCGUGCAUGGAGGCCUCCAGAACUUUGAGAUGCAGCCCAAGCUGAAGCAGGUCUUUGGGAAAGGUCUGAUCAAGGCUGCUGUGACCACUGGGGCCUGGAUCUUCACUGGGGGCGUCAGCACAGGUGUCAUCAGCCAUGUGGGGGAUGCCUUGAAAGACCACUCCUCCAAGUCCAGAGGCCGGGUUUGUGCUAUAGGAAUUGCUCCUUGGGGCAUCGUGGAGAAUAAAGAAGAUCUGGUUGGAAGGGAUGUGACACGGGUGUACCAGACCAUGUCCAACCCCCUGAGUAAGCUCUCUGUGCUCAACAACUCACACACGCACUUCAUCCUGGCUGACAAUGGCACCCUGGGCAAGUACGGUGCCGAGGUGAUGCUGAGAAGGCAGCUGGAGAAGCACAUCUCUCUGCAGAAGAUCAACACAAGACUGGGGCAGGGUGUGCCCGUCGUGGGCCUGGUGGUGGAAGGGGGCCCGAACGUGGUUUCCAUGGUCCUGGAGUACCUCCGAGAAGAGCCUCCGGUCCCCGUGGUGGUCUGCGACGGCAGUGGCCGGGCCUCGGACAUCCUGUCUUUUGCACACAAGUACUCUGAAGAAGGAGGGGUAAUCAAUGACUCCCUCAGAGACCAGCUUCUAGUUACCAUUCAGAAAACAUUUAAUUACAACAAGACACAAUCGCAUCAGCUCUUUGUGAUGAUCAUGGAGUGCAUGAAAAAGAAAGAACUUGUCACUGUGUUUAGAAUGGGUUCCGAGGGUCAGCAAGACAUUGAAAUGGCAAUUUUAACCGCCCUGCUGAAAGGCACAAAUGCAUCAGCUCGGGACCAGCUGAGCUUGGCGCUGGCUUGGAACCGCGUGGACAUAGCUCGGAGCCAGAUCUUUGUCUUUGGGCCCCGUUGGCCGCCCCUGGGAAGCCUGGCCCCCCCAACGGAUAGCAAGGCCAUGGAGAAGAAGAAGCCACCCACAGCGACCACCAAGGGGGGCAGAGGAAAAGGAAAAGGCAAGAAGAAAGGGAAGGUGAAAGAGGAGGUGGAGGAAGAAACUGACCCCCGGAAGCUCGAGCUGCUGAACUGGGUGAAUGCUCUGGAGCAGGCCAUGUUGGACGCGCUGGUCUUAGACCGAGUGGACUUUGUGAAGCUCCUGAUUGAAAAUGGAGUCAACAUGCAGCAUUUUCUCACCAUCCCGAGGCUGGAAGAGCUUUAUAACACCAGACUGGGUCCACCAAACACACUUCAUUUGCUGGUGAGGGAUGUAAAAAAGGGCAACCUUCCACCCGAUUACCACAUCAGCCUCAUAGACAUUGGGCUCGUGCUGGAGUACCUCAUGGGGGGCGCCUACCGCUGCAACUACACAAGGAAGGGCUUCCGGACCCUUUACAACAACCUGUUUGGACCCAAGAGGCCUAAAGCUCUCAAACUUCUGGGAAUGGAAGAUGAUGAGCCUCCAGCCAAAGGGAAGAAAAAGAAGAAGAAAAAAAAGGAGGAGGAGUUGGACAUCGAUGUGGACGACCCCGCCGUGAGUCGAUUCCAGUACCCCUUCCACGAGCUGAUGGUGUGGGCCGUGCUGAUGAAGCGCCAGAAAAUGGCAGUGUUCCUCUGGCAGCGGGGGGAGGAGAGCAUGGCGAAGGCCCUGGUGGCCUGCAAGCUCUACAAGUCCAUGGCCCACGAGUCCUCCGAGAGCGAGCUGGUGGACGACAUCUCCCAGGACCUGGACAACAACUCAAAAGACUUUGGCCAGCUUGCUGUGGAGCUCUUGGACCAGUCCUACAAGCAUGACGAGCAGAUCGCCAUGAAACUGCUGACCUACGAGCUGAAAAACUGGAGCAACUCGACCUGCCUCAAGCUGGCUGUCGCGGCCAAACAUCGGGACUUCAUUGCCCACACCUGCAGCCAGAUGCUGCUGACUGACAUGUGGAUGGGAAGGCUGCGGAUGAGGAAAAACCCUGGCCUGAAGGUUAUCAUGGGGAUUCUUCUCCCACCAACCAUCUUGUUUUUGGAAUUUCGCACCUGUGAUGACUUCUCAUAUCAAACAUCCAAGGAAAACGAAGACGGCAAAGAAAAAGAGGAGGAGAAUGUGGAUGCAAAUGCAGACCCUGGCUCGAGAAAGGGGGACGAGGAGAAUGAACAAAAAAAGCAAAGAAGUGUUCCCAUCGGGACCAAGAUCUGCGAAUUCUACAACGCUCCUAUUGUCAAGUUCUGGUUUUACACGAUAUCUUACCUGGGUUACCUACUGCUGUUCAACUACGUCAUCCUGGUGCGGAUGGAGCGCUGGCCCUGCCUCCAGGAGUGGAUCGUCAUCUCCUACAUCGUGAGCCUGGCCCUGGAGAAAAUUCGGGAGAUCCUCAUGUCAGAACCCGGUAAACUCAGCCAGAAAAUAAAAGUUUGGCUUCAGGAAUAUUGGAACAUCACAGACCUCGUGGCCAUUUCCAUGUUCAUGAUUGGAGCCAUCCUCCGCCUACAGAAGCAGCCCUACAUGGGCUAUGGCCGUGUGAUCUACUGCGUGGAUAUCAUCUUCUGGUACAUCCGUGUCCUGGACAUCUUUGGUGUCAACAAGUAUCUGGGACCCUACGUGAUGAUGAUCGGAAAGAUGAUGAUUGACAUGCUGUAUUUUGUGGUCAUCAUGCUGGUGGUGUUGAUGAGUUUCGGAGUAGCCCGUCAAGCCAUUUUGCAUCCAGAUGAGGAGCCUUCUUGGAAACUGGCCCGAAACAUCUUCUACAUGCCCUACUGGAUGAUCUACGGAGAGGUGUUUGCAGACCAGAUAGACCCUCCUUGUGGUGACAACCAGUAUGAUGAGGAGGGCAAGCGGCUCCCUCCCUGCAUCCCGGGCGCCUGGCUCACGCCCGCCAUCAUGGCUUGCUACCUGCUGGUGGCCAACAUCCUGCUCGUGAACUUGCUCAUCGCUGUUUUCAACAAUACCUUCUUUGAAGUAAAGUCAAUAUCCAACCAAGUGUGGAAAUUCCAGCGUUAUCAGCUGAUUAUGACAUUUCAUGACCGGCCAGUCUUGCCUCCACCAAUGAUCAUUUUAAGCCACGUCUAUAUAAUCAUUAUGCGUCUCAGCCGCCACUGCAGGAAGAAAAGAGAAGGGGACCAAGAUGAACAGGAUCGUGGAUUGAAGCUGUUUCUCAGCGACGAGGAGCUGAAGAGGCUGCACGAGUUUGAGGAGCAGUGUGUCCGGGAGCAUUUCCAGGAGAAGGAAGACGAGCAGCAGUCGUCCAGCGAGGAGCGCAUUCGCGUCACUUGUGAGAGGUGCGCCUGGGGCAUGACCACCGCGGGGCGCGGGGCGCAGAGCCAAAGGGUGCGGCUCCUCCGUCCCGUCUAAGGGGAAUGCCAAGUCCAUUUACACAUACACUCCCAGUCCUCCUGUUGACUCAACUUUGGCUUUUUAACGUGUUCCCUACCCCCCAAAGUAGUGUGAAAGUUCCAAAUGAUGGUUAUAUAUUGUAUAUAGAAGGGAAUGAUGACAUUUAUCACAAAUAUUCCAGGCCAAAACCAAACCAAAACAAACAAAACCCUGAUGGUUCCUGCCCAUCCCCAAAGUGGGCGCUUUUACAAUACAAUACGUGGAGAGAACCGUCAGGUGCAGGGCUGUGUAACUGCUGGGGACGUUUCUCCACGCCCUUGACAUAUGUUGUUGCCUUGGCCAAGUGUGGUCUGCCCCGGCUUGACCUCCUGAUCCUGACUUGUGCUCUCCUUGCUCCUUCCCAACACCUUUCCUACCUCACGGAGCAGAGGUACAGGAGGGGCAGAGGCGUCUGUCUUGGGUGCCAAGCAAGAUCAGCAUCAUCAAGAUGUCAGUGCUUACUACGUGGGGAAUGGACUGCUUGCCUGUAUGGGGCAGUGAGUAAAUGAGCACAGGAGGGCAGGUCAGGGAUGAACAGAAAGGGUGAUGUGUUCCAUACUUUAUAGUAUUGCUUUUCCUGCGGCUGCAAACUGCAGAGCAACCAGCAAAGGUAGACGGGAAGAAUCAACCCGCACUUGAGACAUUUUUUGAAUCAUAAUUUUUGAGAACGUUGAUCACUUCAUAAAAGCAACUGAAGCUUGUUAAAGAGCAUGAGAAUUGAUAAAACGUUGCUCCAAAGAGUUUAAUCAACAAUGCAUGUAGAAGGAUGAGCGUGGCGAGGGAGACAUAGCUAAGGGGAUUCCAGAGCAUCAUUCUAUCCUGGAGUCUUCAGCAUUAAAGUUUUCUGAUACCGUGUAUAUCGUCUGAUAUACGUGUGUAUAUCGAGAAACAUAAAAACAUGGUAGGACUUCAAGAGAAUAUUUCAGCACAUACUUCCCAAUCAGGGGCCCCAGCAAUUAUAGCAGAAUUCACGAUACACUGUGAAAUCUUCGUGGUGGGUGUUCAGGCCAGUGCCUCCACCUCAGCCCACAGGAGGGAUGAUGCAUGCCCCCGGCAGCUGCAGAGCUCUACCCCUCCCGCCCUCCUAGACCCAGUCAACUAG